CAUUCCUCCGCCAGUCUCUUAGUCAUACUUUUUCUGUGUCUCCCUUUAUCUCAAGCUCUAUGGUGUGUCCAGACUUCUCUCUCUCUCUGUCUCCCUCCCUCUGUCUCUCUCUCUCUCUCUCUCUCUCUCACCGCUCUUGCUCCCUCCAUGACUUGAGGUGGUGGCCAGUCAGAGAAGGAGUCAACGUGCUCACAGUGAGUCUCCAUACCUCCAGACUUCUCCCACGCGCUGCCUUGCACACACACGCUGAACAAAAGAAGACAAGGAGAUCACAGUAUUUGAUUGCGGAUUCCUCAUUUUUCGCCUCAGCCGUCACCUUGAGACUUCAGAGCCUCCAGGUUUGAAAAAGAUUGAGGAGUUUUGGACCUGAGAGUUCAGAAAAUAAGAGCAAGAAGCCUGGACUCAGUUGAACUGUGGGACACGACUCAAAGAGACGACACGAAUCAUACAAGCCAGGAUUGGAGGUAUCGGAGCUGAAUCCAGACCACACAGACGUCAGCCAUUUUUAAGGACUCUCAGAAACACUUACUCUGGCAGGGUCAAAGUUCAUUGCCAUCAAAUCAGAGCCGCGGACACAGGGGUAAUAUCCUCUUAAACACAGGGCGGAUGCUGUAAAGAGGAGUGAUUAGCGAACCGGAAAAUAAGCCAUUGCUGAUUAGGCUGGAUAAAUACUUAAAUAUAAGUAUUAAUGUGCUUCAUGAGGUAAAGAGAGUCAUUUGGUCCUCGUUCUGCACGCCACAAACCAUUUACAGUCAGCUAAAUUCCACAGAGAACCAAUCAAAUCCAUCCCAUCCAUCAUGGACAUCUUUGGCGGCGCCCCUCGCGUGCUGGGCUACCCACGUCCUGUGAUUGUCAAGCCUGGCACCGAUGCCACCUUGAAGUGCCAGAUUGACGGUGACCCUCGUCCAGAGGUGGUGUGGGAGAGAAAAACAGUGGCCAUUGUUCCGGAGGGACGUUACAGGAUCUCGGAAGAGGGCAAGGCCUACAUCCUCACCAUCUGUGGCGUGACCCUCCAGGAUGCGGGCCAGUACAUCUGCAAGGCGAGGAACUGCGUGGGGGAGACGUAUGCUGCCGCUACCCUGAAGGUGGAAGGGGAGGUCAGCAUGGAGGUCAAUGGGCCGCAGCAGCAGGCUAGAGUAGAGAACAGGGAACAUGGGGGGCAACAGAACGGGCUGGUGUCGCAGCCAAAUGGCACCUUCGAGGGGCAACAGAAUGGGGAGGUAGAGAGGCGAGACAGAGACGGUGAGGCUAGGGAACUCCAAGCAGAGACGGUUGAACCGUCGGAGGACAAACCUCGCUUCCUGAUAAAGCCCCUGUCUCUACGCGUGGACCGCGGCGAGGACGCUGCCUUCUCCUGCAAGCUCUGGGGCACGCCGUCCCCCGAGGUCUGCUGGGAAAAAGAUGGCAAGAAGCUCGGCGACAUCUUCGAGAGCUCCCACUUCAGUGCAAGCGGAUGCCAGGAGGGCGGCUGGUGCCAGCUGAAGAUCUACCGCACUCGCAUGCCCGACGGCGGCGUUUACACCUGCAGGGCCGCGAACCGCCACGGGGAGGCACUAGCGGGAGCCGUCCUGCUCGUCCAGCCCAUCCCGGAACGAGAGGAAGGUGGGGCGACGCCAUCGCCGUCCAACGUCUACUCCAAUGGACAUCCGUCACCACGCGCCGGUGGAGGAGGGAGGCAGCGGAGCGGACGGCACGGAUCGUCCCGCUGCUACCCUGAGGAACAGCCCCACCUGAACUCGUCCAAGGUGAAGAAGUUUGCGGUAUCCGAAGGGAAGCACGCCAAGUUCCGGUGCUUGGUGACAGGGAAGCCCAAGCCUGAGAUUGUGUGGAAGAAGGAUGGGCUGCCCCUAGAGGCUGGGAGGCGGCAUCUCAUCUUUGAGGACAGAGAGGGCUACUACACUCUAAAGGUGCUGUACUGCAAGCAGCAGGACACGGGACUGUAUGUGUGCGCUGCCUCCAAUGCCCUGGGAAACACACUGAGCGCUGUUCACCUCACUGUUAAAGGCCCUCCGGUGCGGUUCAAACGUCCGCUGAAAGAUGUUGAGGUGGUCGAGAGAGACGUGGCGGUUCUGGAGUGCGAAGUUCCGGAAGAGUCCAUCCCUGCGGCCUGGUACCUGGAGGAUCAACGUCUGCAGCCCAGCAGCAAGUACGGGAUGGAGCAGAGAGGAACCAAACGCUGGCUCACGAUCAGCGACGUGGGAGCGGACGACGAUGGGGUCUACCUUUGUGAGAUGCCCGAUGGGGGCAAGAGCAUCGCAGAGCUGACUGUCAAAGGCACGAUUGUGCGUAAACUCCCCCGUAAGCUGGAGGUCCUGGAGGGGGAGAACGCUGUCUUCUGCGUGGAGGUACAGGAAGAGGAAAUGGAGGUCUACUGGUACAAAGAUGGGCUGCAGCUGCGAGAGUCCCACCAGAUCAUCCUCAAGUCUUUUGGCAAAACCCACAUCCUGGUCUUUGUCAACGUGGCCUAUCAGGACACAGGGGUGGUGACCUUUGUGGCGGGAAGGUCUAAGACCUUGUGCAGGCUGAAGGUCAAAGCUGCCAAACACAGCCCCCCCACCUGUCCUGUGGCAGCCCAGAUGGACGUGGACCGUCCCAACUGUGCUCUCCUGUCCUGGGCGCCUGCCUCCACUUCCUCCCAGGCCACCACACGCUCCAUCUACGUGCUGGAGAGACAGGAGGUGGGUUCCCAGGAGUGGCAGAAGUGUGUGACCACGGACGUAGACACCUCGGUGGAGAUCAUGGGAGACAGCGUGCCCUACGAGGGCGACUUCCGCUUCCGUGUCUGCUGCGUCAACAAGUACGGCCGCAGCGGACAUGUAGAGUUCCCCAAGUUCGUCCAUCUGGUCCCAGGACCCAAGAUCCGCUCCCCUCUGCAGGAGUGUGACGUGCUGGAGGGGGAUGACGCUACUUUCUCCCUGGAGCUGUCUGCCUCCAUGACAGGCACCUGGUUCCUCAACUCCACCCAGCUGCAGAAAAGCGAGCGGUUCUCCAUUUGCCAGAAACAGACUCAGCACUCUCUGGUUAUCCACAGAGCCGGGAUCAGUGACCACACUGCCGAGGUCACCUUCAUUGCCAACGGAGUUCGAGACUCUGCUGUCCUCAAGGUCCAAGCUGCUGUGGUCAAGUUUAAUCCCCUGUCAGAGAUGGACAGCAACAAACGCAUGGAGACAGGAGACCCUGUGGUACUGUACUGCGAGGUGUCCCAUCCCUCUGCUAGGGUCUGCUGGUACAAGGAUGGGGUUGAGCUUCAGAUGACGGACGGUUUGUCCAUCCAAUCAGAGGGAAACAUGAGGAGGAUUGUCAUCCAAUCGGCCGAGUCUACCGACUCUGCAGUGUAUACCUGUGAGACCAUGGGCGAUGUUGUCAAAUUCAACGUCAAAGUGGAUGUGGCGCCAGCCAGGUUCUGUGUCGCCCCCGAAGAAGAGAGGAGGCGGAGCCUGAGGACAGGUGAGGCGGUGGAGCUGCACUGUGACCUGUCCGAUCCCAGCGCUCAGGUGUACUGGUACAAGGACGGAGAGCAGAUCUUCAACCAACCAGGGAUCGACUUAGUGGAGGAAGGCCUCAGGAGGACACUGAUCAUCCAAUCAGCUGACUGCUCUCAUGCUGGCGUGUACACAUGUCAGAGCGUUGACGAUGUUACUGCCUUUCAGGUGGAGGUCCAAGGGCCCCCCGUCACGUUCAGUGCCAUCCCAGAGGAUGACCUCCAUAAGAGUGCCAUGGAGCUGGACCCUGUGGUGCUUCACUGUGAGGUCUCCAGAGAAGAUGCCACUGCCCUCUGGUACAAGGAUGGCAGGGAGGUGCAGCCCAGUGAAAAUGUCACGCUGCAGGCUGAGGGCACCAUGAGGAGGCUGAUCCUCCGCUCUGCCGAGGCCUCAGAUGCAGGCAGCUACACCUGCCAGGCUGGCAACAGCAGCAUGACCUUUACUGUCCACGUUAAAGAACCACCGGUGAUGAUCGUGGAGCCCAAGGAGGACGUGGUGAUGGAGCGCCACCUCUCCGAGGAGAUCGUUCUGCAGUGUGAGCUGUCACGCUCCAACGGCCAGGUGCGCUGGUUCAAGGACGGCCUGAUGGUGGUGGAGGACGACAACGUGAGGCUGACGUCCGAGGGGCCGUACCGGAGGUUGAGCGUAGCCAGUGCGGUGGCCAAAGAUUCCGGAGAGUACGUCUGUGACACGGAUGGCGACUCUGUGUUCUUCCAACUCACCGUCUCAGAACCUUUAGUUCGGAUUGUCUACCCCAGUGAGUCAGAGCUGGAGUGGACACAUCGGGCUCCGGAGAGGCUGGAGCUGAGCUGUGAGAUCUCUCAGGCCGAUGCCCAGGUACGGUGGUACCGGGAUGGACUGGAGGUGGAGGAGAGCCCUCUGCUGGUCCUGGAGGUACAGGGAGCUCAUAGGAAGCUGGUCAUUCCCAGAACCAGUGUGGACCACUCAGGAGAGUAUGUGUGUGAUACAGAGGAUGAUUCUGUCACCUUCCUGGUGACUGUCACAGAGCCUCCGGUGAAACUGGCCAGACCUGAGAGACUUUCGGAUGUGAUGGAAUGUUUCUCUGGCGCCCCCCUGGUCUUGGAGGUAGAAGUGUCACGCCCCAGUGCCAAGGUCAUGUGGAGAAAGAAUGAAGGAGAGGUGGAUGAGAGCGGCCAUGUCACCAUCAGUGAGGACGGACUCCUCCGCCGGCUCACCAUCCAACACCCCACACCAGGGGAUUCUGGGAAAUACACGUGUGACGCCAUGGACGACACCAUCGAUUUCCAGGUCAACGUCUCAGAGGCUCCUGUCAACAUUUUGAGGAAGUCUGAGGUGAAGACGGAGCAGAGAUCGCGGGUCUCUGACGACAUUGUGCUGGAAUGCGAGCUCUCCCGUUCCAAUGCUAACGCCAGCUGGUUCAAAAAUGGCCGUCGGCUGGAAGGUGACGAGCGUUUCUGUGAGGAGGAGGAAGGUGCUUUCCGAUCGCUGGUCAUCCUCAACGCAGAGCUCAGUGACUCUGGGGAGUACCUCCUGGAUGCGGGAGACGACAGUAUCAGCUUCCAGGUCACCGUAGAAGAACCUCCUGUGGAGAUCAUUGGGAACUCGGGGGAUCAGGAUUACCAGGAGAUGGUCGCUGGGGACGAUCUCAUCCUGGCAUGCGAGGUGUCCCGCGCCAAUGCUCCCGUCCAGUGGUUCUGCAACGAGUGCCUGCUUGUCAGCGACCAGCGGACCUACGUCGAGAGCUACGGCACCCUGAGGAAACUGAUACUGUCCGACAUACAGCCAAGCGACUCUGGGAAGUACACGUGUGACGCCGUCGAUGAUAAGAUGGUGAUCGUCGUUAAGGUCUUAGAACCCCCUGUCACUUUUCUGAACAAAGAGGAAGUCAACAUAGUCACCGGUUACGAGGCGGAGAGCAUAACUCUGAUGGGCGUGGUCUCCAAGGAGAGAGCAGUGGUGCGUUGGCUCCACGAAUGGUCGCCCGUGGUGGGUGACAGGUUCAAGACCGGCGUGGACAACCACCAACGCUUCCUGAUCAUCGAGCCUCUCAGGCGAUCUGACGCUGGCGACUACACCUGCGAUGCCGACACAGACGAGAUGCACUUCACCUUACUGGUCAAAGAGAUGAGGGUUCGCUUUGCCCAGCCACUCCAGGACACUCUGGCUCACGCGGACAGCAUGAUCACCCUGCGCUGCGAGGUGACCAAGCCCAAGGCCGACGUCCAGUGGCUGAAGGACGGUGUGGAGGUGGUGCCCAGCCGUAGGUUCACCAUCCGGGCCGACGGUGUCGAGCGCAGCCUGACCAUCCACCGGCUUACCAGAGAGGACACCGGGGAGUAUGCCUGCGUGUCUAAAGAUGACCGCACCGCCUGCACACUCCGAGUGGAGAUGCCUCGUGUGGUCGAGUUUGUCACAGAGCUCCACAACACCACAGUGCUGGAAGGUGAGGAUGCCGUCUUCAAGUGCGUGGUCUCCCCUGAGGAUGUGGCCUUGGUCUGGCACAUGGACAACGAGCCCAUCAUCCUGGGAGAACGUUUCCAGGCCUCCAGUAAUGGCCUGUGCCACACGCUGCUGAUAAAGAAGUGCCAGAUGCUGGACUGCUCCAAGAUAACUGCAGAGGCUGAGCAAGUGGUGUCCAAGGCCUCCCUUAAAGUCCAGGAGGCCCAGGUGGUGUUCACCAGGAAGAUGGAGGCCAUAAUGGCGGAGGAGUUCGGAGAGGCCACCAUGGAGACGGAGGUCAGCCUCGAGAGCGGGGAGGUCCAGUGGAUGAGGCAGGGCGUGGUCAUCCAGGCAGGGCCCCGCCACACGCUGGGCCAGAGCGGCUGCCGACGGAGCCUGACUAUGCGCAACCUCACCCUGUCCGACCGCGGAACCUACCGCUGUGAGACGCUGCACGACCGCACGCAGGUCAAACUCAACGUGGAGCCUCGUAAGAUCAGUAUCCGGAAGGCUCUGAGUGACACAGACACGUUUGAGCGUGAGACGGCCUCCUUUGAGGUGGAGCUCUCCCACACUGACGUAGAGGGGGUAUGGCAAAAAGACGGCAUUCGGGUCAAACCCCACAACCAAUGGCGCGUGAGCACCAAUGGGCGUGUCCAUGGGCUCACCCUAUCAGGUCUGACGCUGGAGGACACAGGCACCAUUGUGUUCUCAGCAGAGGGCCUGCGAACCUCCGCCAGACUCAAUGUUCAAGAGACCCCAGUGAUGCUUCUGAGGAAGCUGUCGGACGUCUGUCUGGAGGAGGGGGCUCCUGCCACUCUGGAGUGUGAGUUCUCCAGACAGAACGUAGACGCCAAGUGGUUCAAGAACGGGGCAGAGCUGAAGCCAGGGAAGAGCCAUCGCAUCUACUCCAUGGGCAGGAAGCGCUUCUGCCAGAUUCUUCAGUGUUGCCACGCCGACGCCGGGACCUACACGUGUGACAUAGGAGACAUGACUACUUCCUGUAACCUGGAGGUGAACGAGCGUCAGUUGGAGAUCCUGCAGGAUCUGGAAGAUCUGUACGUCCAGGAAGACCAGAAUGCUGUCUUCAUGUGUGAGGUCUCCGUGGAAGACGUCCCAGGCGAAUGGUACAAGGGCGGACACAAGAUUCGACCCUCCAGCUCCAUCAAGACGCGAACAGAGGGCACUAAGCACUUCCUGCUGAUGUGUAACGUCAAAGCAGAGGAUUCUGGGGAGAUCCGCUUUGUGGCCAAACAGAUUGAAUCCAUUGCCUACCUGGAGGUUGAGGAGCUCCCUGUUUCGAUCGUAAAGCCCCUUCGUGACCGCACGGCUCUGGAGAAGCACCGGGUCAUUCUGGAAUGUACCGUCUCCACGCCGCACUGCGAGGUCACAUGGUACAAGGGCAGUGAGGAGCUGGGUGGCUCGGAUAGGCUGGAAAUGGUGUCAGAAGACUGCUAUCACAAGCUGGUCAUCCAACAGGUGGCGGUAGAGGACGAGGGCACGUACAGCAUCAGGGUGGGAGAGCACACGAGUAAAGCCAAGCUGAUGGUAGAAGCCCAGGCCCUGGUGAUGGUGCAGGACCUGGAGGAUGUGAGUGUAACCGCCCCGGCCUCGGCCUGUUUCCAGUGUGAGGUCUCCGUGGCUAUCAGCAGGGCCCCUGUUUGGACCCUGAACGGUGUCACGCUCCAGCCAGGCCCCUCUGUCCGUCUGGACGACCUAGGAACCACCCAUAAACUCACUCUGAAGGAAACCAGCGGAGACAUGAGCGGUCCAGUGAAGUUUACCACAGGGAAGGCAAAAAGCUGUGCCACUCUUACAGUAAAUUAGAGGAUGCGGGAUGAUGGCCGAGCUCUUAUAACAUCUCCUUAUUCUCUCUUGGUGAAAUCACUGAUCUAACAUGGUGCCAUUGAUGUAGAGGACAUAUUUUUCUACUAUCCUGUCAUGUUAAAUCUAAAUGACUUGAAAGAGGGAAGGAAGAAAGGAUGACAUUUUGAGAAGAUUCUAACAAAACCAGUGCAAGUGGAGAAGAGGGGAGGUAGACUAAGCAGGGAGGGAAAGAAAGACUAUAGGAAAAGUUUGUAUUAAGGAGGAGAGUGAACGUCUGUAUGUAUGGGAAGAGAAACUGACUUUUGGUUAAAUAUAUUUAUUAAUUACAUAUAUAAUCAAGAAAAAAAGAAGUGAUCACAAAUAAUGCAAAAUGAAUGAUAGUGUUGAAUUAUUGAAUAUGAUGCAAUCAUUUCAUAUAAAAAGAUUUUUCUAUAGAGCCCUUUUGUAAUAUUUGUUUUUAGGAAAUCGUGGUGCAGCCAUUACUGAGUAGCUUGAAUGGAGGGUUAUACCCACCUUCAGUGAAUUUACAACUGACACUUGAAACCAUCGGGCUUUUCAUAAUUAAAUUGAAUUGUAUAGUU